AUUUAUGUUUCGGAGACCGAGCGAAGAAAGGAAGGGUGGGAGGGAUAGGAGUGAUGGGUGGGAUGGAAAAGAGCUCCGCUAAAACGGGGAAUAUAAAGGAAAAAAUUAAUGUGAGAUACAGCAAUUCAGUUAGUCUUCUUAUUUUCGCUGUCAUAUUAUUUUGUAAAGCGACAAGCAGAAUAUUUAGCUAACACAAGAGAGCUGUUGCAGAAAGAUGGCUAACUAGGUUGCUGUAAGAAGACGCUUAACAGUUAGCAUGCUUAAGUCAUUUUAGACGGAUAUUACACUCAAACAUCAUCACGUCUCCCAUUAUAAAUAUUUAAUUCAUCGCAAAGGCCCGGAAUGGAGCUGGGAAGCUUUCGCGGGAGCCCCGCCGGCUCGGGCGGCCCCGAAUCACCUGACUGGCGGGAGGAGACGCCCGGUGGGGAGGCUGAGGGGAAGGAGGCGGCCGCCGGGCGCGGAGGGCAUGAUGGAGCGGGCACAGGUGCCGGGGAGAGCAAGGAGGCGCACUACCGAGGGGAGGAGGAGGAGGAGGAUGGGUACGAGGAAGAAUUAGACCCCAGGAUUCAGGAGGAGUUGGAACAUCUUAAUGAAGCCAGUGAGGAGAUCAACAAGCUGGAACUGCAGCUGGAUGACGCCAGGUCGGGGUACAGGCGGAUCCUCACGGACUCGGCCAGGAAGCUGAACGCCCAAGGCUCCCAGCUUGGCACCUGCAUCGAGAAGGCCAGGCCGUACUACGAGGCCCGGAGGCUGGCCAAGGAGGCCCAGCAAGAGACCCAGAAGGCAGCUCUGAGCUACGAGCGGGCCGUCUCCAUGCACACGGCGGCCAGGGAGAUGGUGUAUGUUGCAGAGCAGGGGCUCCUGGCGGACAAGAACACGUUGGACCCGACCUGGCAGGAGAUGCUGAACCACGCCACCUCCAAGGUGAACGAGGCCGAGGAGGAGCGGCUGCGGAGCGAGCGGGAGCACCAGCGGGUCACGCAGCUGUGCCAGGACGCCGAGGCCCGAGUGCAGACCCUGCAGAAGGCUCUGAAGAGGGUGAUCAUCAAGUCCAAGCCCUACUUUGAGCUCAAGGCUCAGUUCAAUUACAUCCUGGAGGAGCACAGGUCCAAAGUGCUACAGUUAGAGGAGCGUGUGUCAAAAGUGAAGACGCGCUACUCCGUCGCUCUGCGUAACCUGGAGCAAAUCAGCGAGCAGAUUCAUGCCCAGCGAGGGCGCAGCCGAGCCAGCAAAAGGAAAACCAAGUCAUGUGGUGGGAGGAGUCCCCCCAUCGGGGCGGAGUCUGACCUUGGAGCUGCAAGUGAGGGCGGAGCCUGUGGUGGAGGGACAAUGCAGGCCACCUGGGCUGAUGGAAACAGGAGUGCAGAGAAAACCAGGGAGUGGGUGGAAAGGCACAGGGAGAUUGGCUGGGGGCAGAAGGAGAGAUUGGAAGCUGAGAGGGCCGGCUCAGACACCCUGUCGGUCCUCAGCCUGCAGACCAUUGCUUCUGACUUGGAAAAAUGCGAUUCGGUGGAACAUCUUGGGGAUUUUGUCAGCGAUGUGGUCAGCCUGUCAGGAGAGGAGGAGGAGAGGGACAGGAUUGCGAAAGAUGAGGGCGGGACAAGUAACGAGGUGAUGGCCAAUCAGGACAGACCACGCAGGGAGACAGAGACACAGGGCAAGGAGAAACAGCAGUGUUUUGUUAAACAGCACCACCGGAGCGUCAGUUUGUAAGACGGCUGGUUUAGGGCAAACCUGAGGACAUAAGCAAGCAUGUUACACAAGUGGUGUGAAAGGGGGAGGGGGGAACACCUAAGAGGAAGUGAAGGGAGGCAAGUCAUGAGUAGAAGAAUUCAAUUCAUACAAAGUUACCAGCAGAUUGAAAUUGUAGGUUCUCCGCACACACAGAGGUUCUCUUAUCCAUGCAGGUGCGGAUGUCUGAAUAAUCGCUGUGAUCUCGUCUGUUGAGGUGCAUCAUUAAAGAGGGAGCUGUAACACUGGAGGAUGAGUUCAUGGUGAUUGUAGGGAAAGGCAGAGGUUAUCAGAGUAUGAUCUGAAUGACAGACGGCACCGCAGGAUAUUGCAGUUGUAUUCCUGACGGUUUGAAGAAAACGUGAUUAUUCCUGAUAUGGAUUAUAAGACGGACUGCUUCAUCUUCCUGCGGUCCACUCAAUCCAAUCAUUUUCUUAUUCCGAACUCUUAUUCCAGUCAUUCCGAUCUCUUCUUUUCAAAAAGCAACAUCGGGGGGAAAAAAUAAUGAACUUGCUGUGUGUAUUUUUCUUGCUUUUUAUAUUGAUUGAGGUUAACACAGAAGGUGUAAUACUAAUGAUUCAGCCGACAUAAGAAGACUUUGUACUGGUAAUAGGACCAGCUGAAAAAAAAAUGUCUUGUUAAUUUUUUAUGGGCAGUGUAUAAUAUAACUGUAUUCACUUAAAUCCGCAUGGCAAAACGCUAAAAUGUGAGACAGCUUACAAAAUCAAAUCACGAGGCUGCGUGAGAAUUUCAACCGUCAAAACAAAAAAACAAAAUAGGCAUUUGUCUUUGAACUAAAUGUUUUUUUUUUUUUUUUUUUUUUGUCGCGCUUAUCAAAUGUAGACAUGGUUUAAAAAGUGGCUGUGGUGUCCCAUGUCGCAUCUGUGAUUCUAAUGGUUUUUCAUCCUUGGCCCAUGAGAUGGUGACCUAGUUCUCUGGUAGGCAGUGGCAGCCGAGGGGGAAUUCACGGGUCACAAGGCCGCGUUCGCCCGGAUGGUACAAGGGCGUGUGACUUUCUUCGCGUAUGCCAGCCUGCUUUCGCUAACGUGCUCACGCUGUGAAGGUUCAGUUAGGGGGCGAGAAACGAUCCCGGGCGCUUUCAGCUUCCGGGACCUGCAAGGGCCACUGCUGCUUCAACAAUGAGCUCAGUACUUAAGCCGAGGUUUCCGUUAUUUGUAGAUACAUAGUUGUAUAAAGGAGUAUCCUGUAAAAUGUUACCUAUUUAAAUAUCGGUGAAAGAAGGUUUAUACUGAAUUAUUUUGGAAUAGAUAAGCACCGGGAUCCAUGAACAAACAUGGCGUUAAUGUUAAUGGAAUUUGUGAAUGAGGGUUUUUUGUUUACAGUCGUGCCCUAAAGUUGUUGAGAGAGCCUGUCCGUUUCCAUGCUCUGGAGAGGAAGCACAUCGCACACAGCUUCACUGUGUCAGUAUUCUUGCUGAAAUCGCGGGGUUUACUUGAACACCCAGGCGCACGUGUAUUUGCUCAUUUUCACUGUCCUUAUCUUUCCUAUGACUCGUUGCCUUAAUUGUCUGAUUUCCCACCCAGUCCUACCUUCACAUUUUUGGUGACGUAUCUGUGUUUGUUCAAAGUGAUGGUGAGCAUCUCCAGCUGCUACUAGACAUAAUCCAUGUGAAAAUGGAAAUUCGUGCAAUAUACUAGUUAAAGCUCUUAUAUACAGCAGUGUUUUUUUCUUCUUCUCCCUACUGUUUUCUCCGUUCUAAACAGCGCAAACCCAAAUGUAUCUUUGUUCAAGUACUUUGUCCAAGUACAGUCCCUAUUCCAGUUUCCAUCACCCGACGGAGAUUUCAGAAAGGGAGUUAAACAAGUCUAAUACCCAGAAGCUGGGUCACAUGGUUCUGUGCCUGCCUGGACCAGAGGCCUCGUCGGCCGAUUCCUCUAAGACUGUGAAUGAAUAGUCCUGCUGUAGUGAAACUGGACAUUGUUACUGCUAAAUGAGUUGUAUAGAUCAGCAGGUAGGCAUUAAGGAAUUGUUACUACGACAUGGAUAUAUUUAUUUUUCUAUGAAUGUGUGGCUUUGUUUUCAAGGCGACGGUAAUGAACUUGUAACAGCGUAACCUUUACAAACAUUGUAUGCAUUUAUCUAUGUUUUUGACUCUUUUGUCCAAAGCAACAAUCAAGUGAGGCAAUUAGUACAUGACGUUAUUUCCCCGUGGUGCGAUCUUCUUUUUCUGGACACAUUUUCUUGUUAACCCACCUUAAAUGCUUGAUUUUUAAAAAAAGGUCAGUUUUUUUUAAAGCUGUUGUCUUCUGUAAGGUUACAGUUUUGCCUCUACAAUGACAGAUUGUGGCAUUGUGAAGCUUCUAUCUUUCAUGUUUUUUUUUUGUGUUGUAAGGAUGGUUACGUUCUUAAAUCUUUUCUUUUGUUUAUCGAUAGACAUACUGUAUAUAUUUACUUAAAUGUGAAUUAUCACAUUAAUUCCCAUGUUCUAGAUUAGCCUGAAAGAGUCAUCCGCAUCGGCAGUAAUAAACUCA